UCAACCAAAAUGGCAGACAAUUUAAAAAGGACGCAAUCUAGUGGUGGAAACAGCACAACUAACAGUUCAAACUCACCUGCUGGACAAUCACCAACGCCUAUCACUCCAGGCGCCAGAAUGGAGAGAAAGCCUUCAUGGCAUGAGAAUGCAUUAUUUAGACGUCCUUCAAUGCAAAAUAGACCCUCACUCGCUAUGUCUGUAUCAGACGUCUCUACACCUCCAGUUACUUCCGGUCCACCUUCACCAACUGAUGUCGACUUGCUAACAAUCGAAGAGGUCUUCACACAUUGGCAUGUAAGAGAGAUUUUGGGUGCAGCAUUCACAUCUGUCGUCGAGGAAAUUCAGAAGGAGGUUCCAACGGAUUGUGACGCAAAGACAAAGAGAGAAGCUUUAUGUAACAAAUCACAAAAGUACAGAGAGACUGCUUUAGAGAGACUCAAGGAUGUCGCUAGAAGUAGAGGUGGAAAUGCCGUCAUUGGUGUUAAGGUGGAGUAUUCUCCAUCUUUGGAAAUGGAUGGCCAUCGUUAUUACGAAUGGGUAGCAUCUGGUACAGUUGUAACACUCCAAAAACGCCCACAAUUUGCCCGUUUAGAUAGCCGUUAAUCGCAGUCAAUAUUAGGCACACUCAGCAUAUCCAAUAUCUCAAACCCUGAAACUCUCUAUUGUCUUUUUUAAACUUUAUAUUGAUGCAUUCCCCUUCUCUCGCUA